CUGGAGCAAAGGCAGCCCCACCAAUGGAUGCCCCUUCCUGCCCUGUUUCUUCCAGGAGCGGAAAGUGGCCCCUUGGCUUCCGUAGGCGCUGCAGCGGCGCCUCCUUCCUCCUGCGAUCUGGCCUUGGUAACGGCACCAGUUAGGGCCAUCUUUACCUCAAGGCAAAAAUUGGGAGGCGGGAAAAGCGAUCCUCUUGCAGGAAGAGAAGGAGCGCCAAUCCAAGAUGGGCAAGAAGGAUUCAGCUGGCCCCAAAGAAGGAAGAGGCCGCCUCAAUGCCAUCAGGAAUGGGAGCAGUGGGGGAUCCUGGGAAAGAACGGUGGUGCAGAAGACCCCGGGCGAGGACACAAGUAGCUCAGUUGUAUGGCGCCAACGCUUCCGGCGGUUCCGCUACCAGAGUGACAAGGGGCCCAGAGAGGUUUGCAGCCAGCUCCACCAUCUUUGCCGCCUAUGGCUGAAGCCAGAGCAGCGCACAAAGAGUCAGAUCCUGGACUUGGUGAUCCUGGAGCAGUUCCUGACCAUCCUUCCAGCGGAGAUGGAGCGCUGGGUCAGGGAAUGUGGAGCCGAGACCAGUUCCCAGGCAGUGGCCCUGGCAGAAGGUUUUCUCCUCAGUCAAGCAGAGAAGAAGCAGGAAGAGCAGCAGGAGCUGGAACUGUUUGCAGAAGUGAGCUCUGGUUUCCCCAAGACAGAGGAGGCUCCAUCAGACAUCAGACGCAGUUCAUCAGGAACAGGGGUCAUGCAGGAGACCAACAGAGGUAAUGGAAUGGUGCCAGAAAAACAUGCUCAGCCAUCUCGACUUUGUGGUAGAUGGGAAAUGGCUUCUGUGCGACAGCUCUAG